GAGGAAGCUCAUUUGCUUUUUGUUUGGCUUAUUUGUACUGCGUAGUCUCUCAGACUAAUCAAGAUUCAGCCACUGAAAGAAAACAAGAGUUAAGGAAGUCAGGACUGAACGAAUCCAGGCUCAGUUAGCUUGUGGCUCCUGAAAAAACAUAAUUAGAGAAGAGAACAUUCACCGUUUCGUAAUCUAAGUCUGUAAGAAGAGAAAUAGAUUAGGAGUAAAAACGAUCAUGCUGCUAGUGUGAACUGUCUGGGGGUUUAAACUUCCCCAGCGAUGGCAGUUUUAGCAAAUGUGAAGCAAGGAACUGGACAAGUUGCGUCUGAAGGAAGGGUAUCUUGGCCAGUUUUCCUGCUGACACUGGCUGCUGUCACCUCGUCUUCUCUGUCAGCUCUCUCCCUGUACCAGUUAGUGGAUCUGAGAGCUGAAGUAGAGGGGCUUAAGACAGACAUCAGCCGCAUGAGAGAAGAGGGGCAAAAGGUCACCCACAGAGAUCAGACUGAAAACAUCAAAGGAAGAGAAAAUAUCAAAGAGCUUCAGGAUUUACCAGAGUCUCAAAAUGCUUUCAGUCAAAUAAGAAGAAGGAGAAGAACAAUAUCUGAAUCAGAGAUCUCAGGUUCUGUCUCCUGUCUGCAGCUUUUGGCAAACAACAGCAGAAAACCCUUCAGGAAAGAACUUUCCUCGGGUCCGUACACAGGUAUCCCCUGGCAAACUGGGCUGAGGAGAGGCUCAUCCCUGGAGACAGAUGGGGAUCGCAUUGUAGUCAACGAGGCUGGUUUCUACUUUGUCUACAGUCAGGUCUACUACAUGGACAGCACCUUUACAAUGGGCCACGUGGUGAUACGAUGGAAGAGGCAUGUUGUGGGAAAUGAGGAUCAGGAUGUGCAUUUGUUCCGCUGCAUCCAAAGCAUGAACCCUGAUUACGCUUUCAACACUUGCUACACAGGAGGUAUUGUAAAGCUGGAGAAGGGAGACUACUUGGAGCUUUUGAUCCCCCGGUCGAUGGCCAACAUUUCCAUGGAAGGAGACUCUACCUUUCUGGGUGCUUUUAAGCUUGUUUAAAAUGUAUCACCUUAUACAAAUGAACAACACAAUCAGCCACUUCUGCACUGGCAGAAACGCAUUUUGCAUGUUUCCAGUGAUGAACAGUCAGAUCUAAUAUGAAACAGACAAUAUGUUGAGGCUCUUAAGAUUUACAAUGUUCACUUAUAUUGCUGUUCAAGUCAAAACAUUCAGAUCAAUGUGUUUUUUUUAUAUAACCCCACACUUAGCAAGCAUAACUUGAGGCUCGUUUUUCAACUUUUAAGCUUUAAAAAUGCUUCAUAUUACUUAACAUUUUAAGCAGAAUUACCGUGUCACAAAGCAUCUUGUCUUAUUUUAUUUCAAAUGCAGGCUUUUCAUUGUGAUGCUCUCAUUUGAACAAGCCUUUACAUAUUUAGCUGAUGUAAGAAGUUUGAUGUAAUAAAAUGCAAAUGUGUGCAAAUGA